UGCCAAACCCAUCCUGCGUCAUUUACAUCCAGCCUUGAUCUGAUAUUUCCCUCCCAACAGUCCCUCAGACGUCUCAAACUCCAACAACACACCCCCUUAAACCACCAGAUACUACCAAUUGCCCAACAUGGCUCGCAAGUUCUUCGUCGGCGGCAACUUCAAGAUGAACGGGUCUAUCUCGUCCAUCAAGGAGAUUGUCCAGAACCUGAACAACGCCAACCUCGACCCUAACACUGAGGUUGUCGUCUCUCCUCCCGCCAUCUACCUCCAGCUCGUCCGUGACCUCCUCCGGAAGGACGUCGAGGUUGCCGCCCAGAACGUCUUCGACAAGCCCAACGGUGCCUUCACCGGCGAGAUCAGCGUCGCCCAGCUGAAGGAUAGCAACAUCAACUGGGCCAUCCUCGGCCACUCGGAGCGCCGCACCAUCCUGCGUGAGUCUGACGAGGUCGUUGCCUCCAAGACCAAGUACGCCACCGAGAACGGCGUCGGCGCCAUCUGGUGCUGCGGCGAGAGCCUCGAGGAGCGUGAGGCCGGCACCACCGUCGAGGUUGUCAGCAAGCAGCUGGCUGCCCUCAAGGCCGCCAUCUCCGACUGGUCCAAGGUCGUCAUCGCCUACGAGCCCAUCUGGGCCAUCGGCACUGGCAAGGUCGCCACCAACUCCCAGGCCCAGGAGGUCCACGCCGCCAUCCGUGCCUGGCUCAAGAAGGAGGUCAGCGAGAAGGUUGCCGAUGAGACCCGCAUCCUGUACGGCGGCAGUGUCAACGAGAAGAACUGCAAGGACCUUGCCAAGGAGCAGGACAUUGACGGCUUCCUGGUCGGCGGUGCCUCCCUGAAGCCUGGCUUCGUCGACAUUGUCAACGCCAAGCAGUAAAAAUUCUUAGAUUACAUACUUGAUGAUGAUGACCUAAAACUAGGCUGGAUGGGCCUGAGACGCAUCAAAACAGCCCCGGUGAUCAUGGCUAGCAGCCCCCAGCUCCUACCUAGGGCGGAAAGAAGAACAAAAACAAAAAAACAAUUAUACCCC